UUAGACAACUGUCAUGGAUUUGCCACCACCGACGAGGUGCUGGAUCUGCUGUUUACGAAAUAUGGGUGCAUCGCAGCUGCGUGUGGUGGCGACGACGCGGUCCUGCAGCGCUGGAAACUGGCCAUCUGCUGCAUCCUGGAGAUAUGGAUGGACUAUUAUCAGGAGGACUUUUGUCGGCUCCCCCAAUCUGCCUCCCUGAAGAAGAUUCUGGAAUUCAUAAGGCAGCGCAUGCCAGGCACAGACGUGGAGCUCCGUGCCCGGCGUUACCUGCAACAACUCAGACGCCUCCAUGCAGCGGAGCCAGAGGCUGGGGCUACAGCUUCGGCCCGAGCAAAAGACCCUGAAGCACUUCCGGAGCCCGCCCCAGCCCCAACUGUGGGGCCUGCUGCCUCGGAUGGGCCUGAAGUGCUCGAGGCCGCCCUGGCUGCUGGGGCUGAGGGCUUGGCCCCAGCUGAGGUGCCAGCUGGGGAGGCGAAGCCCCUGCAGAUAGUGGUCACUGCUCUAGAUCACGGCUGCGCCCUGGACGAGCCACGUGCACCUGCGGCCACCCCGGAGGAGGAGCAGGCCCUGGCACCUGCAAUCGGGGUCCCCAGAGUGCCAGAGCCGCCAAUUGCCUCGGGACAACUGGCUUCAACCUCUGCGCAGCCCCCUGACCACCUCGGGAGCCCGCCCCAGCUCCCACCGCGGGCUCGUCAUGCCUGCAGCCCAACGGAGGCUUGCCCUUCCCGUGUCAUUUCACUGUUUCUAUAUUUUGAGUUUUUCUUUAACCUGUAA